AAGAGUAAGACCGUGUGGAUUGGUCAUAUCAUGAAAGGAGUAGAUAAAGACCAGCUGUCGAAAAUGUUAGAAAAAUACGGAGCAGUAACUUCAAUUGACUUUAUUGUUGCUCGUGGGUGUGCCUAUGUUGUCAUGGAAACUCGUGAGGCUGCAGCUAAAGUAGUAGAUCAACUGAGAGACCCAAAAGUACUGGGGCAGAAAUGCAAAGUUGCUUGGGCCCCAGGACGUGGUGCAAAAGGGAAAGAGUUUGAUCCGAGUUGGGACGUGAACACUGGUAUCAGUAACAUAUCAUGGGACAAUGUGAAGACAAAGUCACAAGUGGAAGCACUGGGUAAUGGAGGCAUGGUCGAUACUAGUACACUCCCACCUCAGCUACGGGAAGAAGAAAUAGCUGAAGUGGAGAUGGAGAGUUGAGAACAUUAAUUUCAAUGUAUAAUAAUAAUAAU